AGAGCGUGUCAAGGUAAUUUUGAACAUCUUGCCCGCUUAGCAACUUCUGCUGCUGACUGUACUCUGUUUUUAAAUGUACUUAAUGCAGUGUAAGUACCUAGUGUAACUGUUUGUUUGUUGUUUUUUUAACACUACUUAAUACGUCUUUUAAGUAAUAUUUUUGUUUUAGCUAAUAAAAUGAAUUUCUCGUGCAAAAUUGCUGGUAAACCAGGAGAUCUUAUUUCGUGGUACCAAAAAAAAGAUUCUCAUCGGGGCCUUAUAUUGUUGCACAGAACUCAGCUUAUGAACAGUGAUUCAAUAAAUUUUACGCUGCAAUGGACCCCAGAACAAUCUGACAAUAAUACACAAAUCUAUUGCGUCCACGAAGAUUUGAAUAAGAAUACGUCUACUGGAUUUAAUAGCCCAAUCACCAUUACAUUUUCAAAUAACAUCGCACCUCGGAAAUCCUCCGUAACUGUGACUCCGGAUGAGAACGCCGUAUACUAUGAAAUCAACAAAACGCUGUCUCUCGUCUGCAAUGGAACAGAUCCUGUCGAUGGGCAGGAAUUGACGUGGUAUAUACAAGGAGACGACUCAAAGCUACAACUCGCCGAAAAGCAAUCAUUCAACCGGACAACAAAUAUCAACAACCUAGUUAUGCGUUUGGAUAAGACUCACAACAGAAAACAGCUGUUUUGUGCUCAGGAUUUCCAUUUUCAACGUCUACCGACUGCAGAUGGCGCUAUCAUCGAUAGGUACCGGGAGCUUGCUAAAUCGAAAAUAAUAAAGUUGGUACAUAAAAAUAGUGAUAAUGAAAUUGGUGAUAACAAUAAUAACAUUGAACAAGGAAAAGAUAGUAAUUUAACGACAAGUGAAGAUGACGCUGAAGAUGGGAACAAAGCUGAAAAAAAUAUAGGAAAAGGUACUAACGGAUCGCCUUGGUUGCGCUUCCCACUCGUGGUAGUUAUCCCUGUGGCAGUUAUUGCUGUGGCUGCAGUACUCGCAGCAGUAUGGUUUCGAUGUGGCCGACGCGCGAAAACAGAGGACGGACACGACAAUAACGAGGUCACUUUUGAUUCUACGGAGGUGACAUACGCAGCGUUGGAUUUCGUUCCAAAAAAAGAUGCUCCGCCAAACAUUCCACCAUCUACAGACUCAAAAUCUUCUGGAGAGGUGACAUACGCAGCGCUGGCGUUCUCGGCCAGACCUGAAGAUACCCCGCGACUCAGAAUAGACCAAUCGAGUGACUACGCUACAAUCAUGGCGUCACAAGCUUUUACUGGCCAGUCAUAGUCAAAAACCUGCAAGAUAAACUUGGUCAAGCAGAUCUUGUCAGUAGAAAAAGGCGGCAAAUUUGAAAAAUGUAGGCGCGAAGGGUUAUCGUCUCAUAGAAAAUUUGAAUUUCGCGCCUUUUUCUACUGACAAGAUUUGCUUGACCGUCUAUAAUUGAAUGAGAAAGAUUAUGUACAGAGGCGCUCAAAAGUGCAUGGAGAUGUUUCAAUAAGAGCCCACCAACGUACACACUAGCUAAAUAAUCGUGAUUAUUUAAACUUAACGACAGGUAUUUAAAAAAGGGGGCCGCUACGUACUCUAUUUUGUAUUUAAGUACCUUUUGAAUACAUCAAACUAGUUUUUAUGUUGCUGGAUUCGUCAAUGUAUACGUCCAAAGUUAAAACAGCCGUAUUUGUUUUGAAUUCAUAGAUCGACAAAUCCAGCAACAUAAAAACUAGUUUGAUGUAUUCAAAAGGUAACUUACCUAAUAGUUAUUUGUUUUACAGGGGGGCAAAGUUGUUGUUUAACCGCUCGUGCUAAUAUUGAUACCCGAGCAAGCGAAAGAUUCCAAAAUUGAACCACGAGCGUAGCGAGUGGUUCAAAAUAUGGAAUCUUGAGCGUUGCGAGGGUUUCAAAGCACGAGGGUUAAACAAAAUUUGCCCCCGAGUGAAACACAAUAUUUUUCACCACACCAACCUGAAUCAAAUAUUAAAUGUAAAAUAUCAAACAAAACCAAACCAAAUCAAAUCCAAAUGAAUGUUAUUAAAUAUUUAUCAUCCAUAAAAUCAUCAUUUAAAAGUCAAUUCGACCUGCAAACGUAAGAAAACAACUCAAAAUUUGCAUUUGAUUACUUUGCCUCACAUGUGAAUAAAAUGCAACUUUGCUAUUAGUUUUUGAAGUGCAAAGUAAGCCUUUCCGAGCUGUGUGUGGUGAAAAUACAUAAUACAGUCUGUAGCGACCUCCUUUUUUAAAUACCUGUCGUUAAAUUUAA